AUAUGAUAGAUUUUCUAGUUUUCUAGCCUCAGAAAUCCAACUCCAGCCGCCAGAGAAUAAGCCAGUAAAAGAGCCAGGACUCUGCAUUUGUUGCAUGAGAGGUAUUAGCCCCUACAGCCCUUCUGCUGGGAGUAGCCUGGUGGGAAAAGGCCAGGCCAGUUACAUAAGCCCGUGGCUGGGACCCCGGAGGCCAGGCUGGAGAGCAGGUGCUUAGCCCCUCCCUCACCACCAACAGUGAAAAUCUCCCGCUGGAGCCCAGCCUCCGGGCCACCCAGCAUGGAGGCAGCCACAGCUCCGGAGGUGGCCUCGGGAUACACACUGAAGGGGAAAGAAGCGAGCCCAGCGGAUGCUGAAGGACUUCCAGCUUCACCUGGACAGGAGGCCAGCAGCCCCGUUCCCCAGCUCCUGGCCCUUGUAGAAGAGCACCCCAAGAUUUGGCUCCCUCGGGCCCUGAGGCAGACCUAUAUCCGGAAGGUUGGAGACACCGUGAACCUACUAAUCCCAUUCCAGGGCAAACCCAAACCUCGAGCCACCUGGACACAUGAUGGCUGUGCCUUGGACGCCAGCCGUGUGAGUGUGCGGAAUGGGGAGCGGGACUCCAUCCUCUUCAUCCGAGAAGCCCAACGUGCUGACUCGGGCCGCUACCAGCUCAGCGUGCGGCUGGGCGAGCUGGAGGCCACUGCCACCAUUGACAUCCUGGUGAUUGAGAGGCCAGGCCCUCCUCAGAGUAUCAAGUUGGUGGACGUUUGGGGCUCCAAUGCUACUCUAGAGUGGACACCUCCCCACGACACAGGCAAUGCGGCACUCCUGGGAUACACGGUGCAGAAGGCUGACACAAAAUCUGGGCUGUGGUUCACGGUGCUGGAACGUUAUCACCGCACCAGCUUCACAGUCUCCGACCUCAUCGUGGGCAACUCCUACGAAUUUCGAGUCUUUGCUGAGAACCAGUGUGGGCUCAGUGAGACAGCCCCCGUCACUGCUGAGCUUGCCCACAUCCAGAAAGCAGCUCCCGUUUGGAAGACUGAGGGGUUUGCACAGCGAGAUUUCUCUGAAGCUCCGAAGUUCACCCAGCCUCUGGCAGACUGCACCACAGUCAUGGGCUAUGACACCCAGCUCUUCUGCUGCGUCCGCGCCUCUCCCAAGCCGAAGAUCAUCUGGCUGAAGAACAAGGUGGAUAUCCAAGGUAACCCCAAGUACAGAGCCCUCACUCACCUGGGAAUCUGCUCUCUUGAAAUCCGCAAGCCUGGUCCCUUUGACGGGGGCAUCUACACCUGCAAGGCGGUUAACCCCCUGGGGGAGGCAUCUGUGGACUGUCGGGUGGAUGUGAAAGUUCCCCAUUGAGGCUUCCAAAGAGGAUUAGGGCAACUCUGACAAAGGAAGCCUGAUAGUGGUGAGAUUGUGUUCGUAAGGAGCUCCAGCAACAGCAUCUGCUUUGGGACGAAUCUAAAUAAA